AUGGAAAUGUCGAUUCCCACUGGCAUUAUUCCGAGCUCGGUGGUUUCACUCGCUGUCACCUACCACGGCAACGCCAUAAGCAUUCCACCCACGGUAACAGAUCUGCGGCUGGAUUGUCAACAAACCAUUCCGGAAGCCCAUCAACAAUCUGCCGUCGACUCUGCGACACCUCAAGAUUGGCAAAGACUACUGCGAGUUUUCUCACCCGCUACCACCAUUCUCGCCGACACUGACGCGAAUAUUCAAGUUGUACCAACUUCAAAAGAUUUCGUCGAUAUCGUUUUGUCCAAGACACAGAGAAAGACACCCACAGAAAUUCACAAGCAAUAUGCAAUCUCUAGAAUCCGUAGUUUCUACAUGCGUAAAGUUAAAUACACUCAACAAUCAUAUCACGAUAAGUUAUCUCAAAUCAUUCAAGAUUUCCCAUUGUUAGACGAUAUACAUCCAUUUUAUUCGGAUUUAAUUAAUGUUCUUUACGAUAAAGAUCAUUACAAGUUGGCUUUGGGUCAGUUGAAUACCGCUAGAAAUUUAAUUGAUAAUUUGUCAAAGGACUAUUUGAGAUUGUUGAAAUAUGGUGAUUCUUUGUAUCGUUGCAAACAGUUGAAGCGUGCGGCACUCGGUCCACUGUUUUUGAACAAACCACUGCUCAUUCUCAUCAACAAGAUCGACGUACGCAAGCCAGAGGAAGUGCCAGCCGAUGACUGGGCAUUGAUUCAAUCGCUGGCCGAUCCAGCUCGUGGUGGAAUCGGUGGAACCAAAAUCCUACCGAUGUCGACUCUCACCGAGGAGGGUGUCGCCAACGUCAAGGACGUCGCCUGCACCACCCUGCUAGAGGAGCGUGUCGAGAAGAAGAUGAAGAGCGCCAAAAUCCAGAAGGAUAUGCACUUGCUCCAUCUCGCCAUGCCCGUGGCCAGAGACAACAAGAAGCGUCCAUCUUUUAUUCCACCAAGCGUGUUGGCUGCACGUGCCGCCGCCGAAGCCAACCAAGACGAAGACGAAAAGAAGUUCAAACUCACACCCGCACAAAUGGAGUCAUUGCAAGAGGAGGAAGACGACAUCAAAUAUCAACAGGGUAUUCUUCCAAUCUACGAUGUCAACGAAUGGAAGCGUAAGUACUUGCUCAGAGACGACUCGUGGAAGUUCGACAUCAUCCCCGAAAUCAUGGACGGCAAGAAUAUCGCCGAUUUCGUCGACCCCGACAUCCUUGAGCGUCUCGAAGAGUUGGAGCGUGAGGAAGACGCACUUCUCGAGCAACUCAAGAACAAUAUGGAGGAGGACGAGUCCGACUUGGACGAAGAGAAUCUCGAACUCUACGACGAAAUUCAAGAGCAAAAGCACGCCAAUCGUGUCAACCACGAGAUCAACGACUCCAGCAAGCCAAAACUGCCCAAACACCAUCUCGGAAUCAACACUACCGACAUGUCCAGAAACCUCAGAAGAAUGGGUGUCGACCAAGAGGAAGCCGACGACAUUAUCGACGACGUCCGUUCGCGUUCCCGUUCCAAGUCGCGUACCGGUAGAAAGAGAGAUCGUUCCGAGGAGCGUGAAGCAUCGCAAUCCGGAGAGCGUGGUAUCUCACUCAAUCGUUCACAAUCACGUUCACGUUCCAAGACUCCUGCACCAGUGCCCGGAGAAGGUUACCGUGAUUUGGCUCACAAACUGCUGGCUGAGAAACUGAAUAAAGAUUCCAGAAGAAAACGUAACAAACUCGGAUACAAGGGUGAAGGUGAUCAUCAUAUUCCAAAUGAAAUGCCUAAACAUUUGUUUGCCGGAAAGAGAAAGGCUGUACAACAACAACAUCAACAACAACAACAACAACCAACAAUAACACACUGA